AUGGCACAGUUCCCAAGUAACAUAACUGAGCUAUUUUUGUCAUUCAUCAUCAAGUUCAUUUCUUAUGCAAAGACUGUUUUUAAUGUUGAAACGGAUGGGGAUGAGUGUGACUUUGAAAACCCAAUAUGUGGAGACCAUGCAGUGUGCAACAACACAAAUGGCGGCUACUACUGCAACUGUGAACCAGGGUACCAGACAUAACCUCGGACAUUUAAUUUCACCCAGAGCAGCAGCAAGAGAUGCCGAGACAUCGAUGAAUGUUCUGAAGUCAAAGACUUAUGUGGACCCAAUUCUAAAUGCAAUAAUUUUCCUGGUUCCUAUUUCUGCACGUGUAAACCUGGUUUCAAACCCAGCAAUGACAAGAAGAUAUUUAAUGCAACCCAAGGAGUAAAAUGUCAUGAUAUUAAUGAAUGUGAGUAUGAGAGAUGUGGGGAGAAUGCGACCUGUCAUAACACCAGUGGCAGCUUCUACUGCACCUGUGACCCAGGCUACAGGCUGGAGUCAGGGCAAAUUCAUUUCACUAAUGGCUCCUGUAAACAUGUGUGUGUGAUUGACAAGACUAUCUGUGGGGAUGGCGGAGUGUGUGAAAUGGCUGCCAAAGGCCACCGCUGUGUGUGCCGGGAAGGGUUCACCAACUAUGGAACCCCAACCAUGAGAUGCAGGGAGCUGCAGUGCGAUGCAUUUCUAAAUGAGAGCAGCACCAUGCAGGUUCCAGUGGAGCUGGAGCAGACUCUGGCCAAACUAAGAAACCGUUGUCUGGAGCUGAGUAAGCGGAAUGGAAACAUGGAGCCAGUGCAUAAAGAUUUGUUGCAGAUUCUCCUGGAUGCAAUAGACAGGUUCCUGUCUGACGGCUCCCUGAAUAAUAACAGGAAAGUGAUAGCAUUGUUGAGUAUGAUUGAGCAUGCACUGAAAUUAUUAGGAUACCUGCUGCAGGACAACAUCACCAAGAAAUCUGUUCAAACAUACGUCACGAUGUUGGUCAACAGAAGUGAAGUUGCCCCAGACGGACCACUCGUUUUGUCCGCCAGUGACAUCCAGCUGCAAUCUGAUUGGGCAACUGCUGCAGGAGACUCAUACCUGGGAAUUGCCACCGUAUCUCUGCUCAGCUACACAAACCUGCACACGUUGGUCAACAACUAUUUCCACUGGCUGGAGACACAACAAGCUGAGAAGUUCAAGAUAAACUCAAGAGUAGUGACUGUAGUGGUCACCAACCCACACACAGCCAAUCUGAAGAAGCCAAUCAUUCUUACCUUCUCUCAUCUGGAGGUUCCAGUGGGGAACCAAACCUGUGUGUUCUGGGACUCCAAUUUGGAUGGAGGAGCCUGGUCUUCAUCGGGCUGCACUGUGAUCAGGUCCAGCGACGACCACACAGUCUGCUCCUGCACCCACCUCAGCAGUUUCGCUGUGCUAAUGGCACUCUACGAGCAGGAGACGGACACCCCUGAGAGCCAGAAGAGGGGGCAGUUCUGUCUAACGAGCUGUUUAGGUUUGUCCUAUAGAGGGAACGGUCACACAAGGGCUUGCAUGAGUGUGGACAUCCCAGCAAUAGACUCCGCCUACCACAAGUCUCCACAGGGAAUUCACACCUCCAGUCUGAGAGCUAAUAUCCCCUGGCUCAAGGAACCGACCAUCAAUGGCAGCAAUGGAGCUCAGAACAAGCUGGGCAGAGAUGACCUGAGCUUCCACAUUACAGAAACCUCCCUUCCUGCAACUGAGCAUCACGCUCACUUCGGGAAAGGCGGGUGUGUCCGAAAUGCAUUGGCUGGGAUCGAUCAGGUCAUCAAGAUAGGCGGGAGUAUCUCAGUGGACCAGUUCAUCUUUAAGCUCCUCACUGAGGCCCUGGUGGAAAGCAGCAAUCAGCGCUUGUGCACCAACACAAAUGGCAGCUACUACUGCAACUGUGAACCAGGGUACCAGACGUAUCCUCGGACAGUUAAUUUCACCCUGAGCAGCAGCAAGAGAUGCCAAGACAUCAAUGAAUGUUCUGAAGUCAAAGACUUAUGUGGACCCAAUUCUAAAUGCAAUAAUUUUUCUGGUUCCUAUUUCUGCACGUGUAAACCUGGUUUCAAUCCCAGCAAAGACAAGAAGACAUUUAAUGCAACCCAAGGUGUAAAAUGUCAUGAUAUUAAUGAAUGUGAGUAUGAGAGAUGUGGGGAGAAUGCGACCUGUCAUAACACCAGUGGCAGCUUCUACUGCACCUGUGACCCAGGCUACAGGCUGGAGUCAGGGCAAAUUCAUUUCACUAAUGGUUCCUGUAAACAUGUGUGUGUGAUUGACAAGACUAUCUGUGGGGACGGCGGAGUGUGUGAAAUGGCUGCCAAAGGCCACCGCUGUGUGUGCCGGGAAGGGUUCACCAACUAUGGAACCCCAACCAUGAGAUGCAGGGUUCCCCCAGUGCUGGGGAGUGGCUCAGUUCUACCCUUCGUCUGCUCUCCCAACGACACUCCACUGUUUCAUCUCUGUGGUCCAGAUCGACUCACCAUGAGAGGCUUGUAUCUGCUGUGUCUGGGUCUGUUAGCCUCACUGAUCGAAAUGACCUCGAUGAAAGAUUGCGGACAUGGAUAUCAGAAGAUAGGCAUUCAAUGUUUAGAUGAGGAUGAGUGUGGCUUUGAAAACCCAAUAUGUGGAGACCAUGCAGUGUGCAACAACACAAAUGGCGGCUACUACUGCAACUGUGCACCAGGGUACCAGACGUAUCCUCGGACAUUUAAUUUCACCCAGAGCAGCAGCAAGAGAUGCCGAGACAUCGAUGAAUGUUCUGAAGUCAAAGACUUAUGUGGACCCAAUUCUAAAUGCAAUAAUGCAGUUGGUUCCUAUUUCUGCACGUAUAAACCUGGUUUCAAACCCAGCAAUGACAAGAAGACACUUAAUGCAACCCAAGGUGUAAAAUGUCAUGAUAUUAAUGAAUGUGAGUAUGAGAGAUGUGGGGAGAAUGCCACCUGUCAUAACACCAGUGGCAGCUUCUACUGCACCUGUGACCCAGGCUACAGGCUGGAGUCAGGGCAAAUUCAUUUCACUAAUGGUUCCUGUAAACAUGUGUGUGUGAUUGACAAGACUAUCUGUGGGGAUGGCGGAGUGUGUGAAAUGGCUGCCAAAGGCCACCGCUGUGUGUGCCGGGAAGGGUUCACCAACUAUGGAAUCCCAACCAUGAGAUGCAGGGAGCUGCAGUGCGAUGCAUUUCUAAAUGAGAGCAGCACCAUGCAGGUUCCAGUGGAGCUGGAGCAGACUCUGGCCAAACUAAGAAACCGUUGUCUGGAGCUGAGUAAGCGGAAUGGAAACAUGGAGCCAGUGCAUAAAGAUUUGUUGCAGAUUCUCCUGGAUGCAAUAGACAGGUUCGUGUCUGACGGCUUCCUGAAUAAUAACAGGAAAGUGACAGCAUUGUUGAGUAUGAUUGAGCAUGCACUGAAAUUAUUAGGAUACGUGCUGCAGGACAACAUCACCAAGAAAUCUGUUCAAACAUACGUCACGAUGUUGGUCAACAGAAGUGAAGUUGCCCCAGACGGACCACUCGUUUUGUCCGCCAGUGACAUCCAGCUGCAAUCUGAUUGGGCAACUGCUGCAGGAGACUCAUACCUGGGAAUUGCCACCGUAUCUCUGCUCAGCUACACAAACCUGCACACGUUGGUCAACAACUAUUUCCACUGGCUGGAGACACAACAAGCUGAGAAGUUCAAGAUAAACUCAAGAGUAGUGACUGUAGUGGUCACCAACCCACACACAGCCAAUCUGAAGAAGCCAAUCAUUCUUACCUUCUCUCAUCUGGAGGUUCCAGUGGGGAACCAAACCUGUGUGUUCUGGGACUCCAAUUUGGAUGGAGGAGCCUGGUCUUCAUCGGGCUGCACUGUGGUCAAGUCCAGCAACAACCACACAGUCUGCUCCUGUACCCACCUCAGCAGUUUCGCUGUGCUAAUGGCACUCUACGAGCAGGAGGACAUAUUCGAACUGCAGCUGAUCACUUGGGUGGGGCUGUCCCUAUCGCUGGUCUGCCUCUUCAUCUCCAUACUGACUUUUGGCUUGAUCCGCUCAAUCCAGAGCACCCGAACUACCAUCCACCUGCACCUCUGCAUCAGCCUCUUCAUCGCUGACCUCAUCUUCCUCACUGGCAUCACCCAAACGGAGAACCAGGUGGGUUGUGCGUUCGUGGCCGGCCUGCUCCACUAUUUCUUCUUGGCUGCGUUCUGUUGGAUGUGCCUGGAGGGCGUGCAGCUCUUCCGUAUGGUGGUGCUGGUCUUCAACACCACGCUGAGGCCCCUCUACAUGAUAGCCGGUGGGUAUGGAGUCCCCGCCCUCAUCGUCGCCGUGUCUGCCGCCGUCCACGCCAAGGGAUACGGCACCAGGCGCCACUGCUGGCUCAGCCUGGACGACGGGUUUAUCUGGAGCUUCUUCGGCCCUGUUUGUGUCAUUAUUGUUGUAAAUGCAAUCUUCUUCCUGAUAACUGUUUGGAAGCUGGCAGAGAAAUUUUCUUCUCUCAGUCAAGACUUAAGCAAACUGCAUAAAAUUAAGACAUUUACAAUCACAGCCAUUGCUCAGUUGUGUGUACUUGGCACCAUGUGGAUCUUUGGCUGUUUUCAGUUUGAUGAAGGCAUGCUGGCCCUGUCUUUCCUCUUCACUAUACUCAACAGCCUGCAGGGGGUGCUGGUGUUCACCAUGCACUGCUUACUCAGUCGACAAGUAAGAGAUGAAUAUAUCAAAAUUUUGAGAUGCAUCUGUGAACCACAGAAGAGGACAUACACAGAGUUCAGCACAAACCAGUUCAGCAAAUCACAGGUGUCCGGGACCAUGUCGCACACUGGAGAGUCACACAUAUGAAGCAAGCUGACUCCGCUCACAGGAGAUCCUUUAUGAGUGCAGGUGCAACCUCACCUGCGACCCCAGCUAUGGCUCACGCUGCCGUUUCUACAGCUCACAGCUACCCCAUGGCACUUGCGCAUGGCCUGGGUGUCUCUGCUUCCUGACUGUACGCUAGAAACAUGUGCCAAGUGUAAAGAUUUCCAGCCUACUGUCCAAGAUGAUCCUGCCAUGCAUAUACAGAAGUAAAGCCCUAUGAAGACAAGUGUUCAUGAAACCAAACAAAACUCAAAGUCUCUGACAGGACUCACAUCGAGACGGGCCUCCUCAGCCCUUGAGGGAGCGCCAUUAAUGAGCCUGUGCAGAAUUCCAGCAUGAGGAUGGUGAGAUGGUUUGUCUUAAAGCAGAUUAAAGAGCUGAAAUGAUGAAGAGGAUCAUCUUAUUGUUAAUGUGCUCCUAUUUAAAAACAGAGUAGACAAGGCCAUAUUUAAAAAUGCCUUUAGUUUUCAAUGCCUUUAUGUGUGUGUAUAUUUUUAAUGACUAUUGUGCAAUAUUUAAUGCUGAGCUUUAAAGCAGCUCUAGAGAUGUCACUGAAUUACAAGGCAUGGUACUCUGAGUUUGAAAAUGUUUGUCACUUUUUUUUUUUUUUGUACGAAACCUGUGCCUCUGUAUGCAAAAAGCCUUUUUUUUUUUUUAUUAAAAGUAUUCAUUUGGAAUGUUGUCUUGGUCCAGAUAAGACAAAAUCUGAUGUUUUUUUUAACUGAACAAAUGUCUAAUGGAGAGAAAUGUCUGUGUUGAUGGCAGCUGUAAAUGUUUCUUUACUAAGAUCACAGGAAAAGGUAGCCUUAGACAUUUUGAGAGCUGCAUAUUGCAAAGUAAAUUUUGGCAGGAUUUCUCUUUUUUGAUAAACAAACAAAGCAAAGUAAAAGGACAGAAAGAAACUUAUUAAUAUUUAGUUAGAUGCUAAAAGUGUAAAUACAUAAAUAUUUGGUGAACUAUUGCAACUUUUCACAUUAUAAUACAUAGAUUCCUCAGUUCUUGACAUACCCAUAAUAAAAGACUAUUACACUCACCAGUAAUUUUCAUGUACAAUUAUAUGAGUAGAUUUUUCAGUAGGAAAAGUCAUUCCAAGUAUUACAUGAUUCUGAGAA